AUGGAGGUUUUAUUCCAUCCAACUGUUUUAAGGAUCCUACAUGAAUGGAAGAAAAGCCAGGAAGAAGAAAUACCGGUGGAUCUACUAGCUCUAAUGGUGGACUGCAAGCUGGACGUAGACUAUGAUUGGAUGGACAGAGUUCUAUAUUCAUACAAGAAAACAUCAAAAAGAAGAAAAGACAGAAUAAAAACUCUCAAGGAAUUUGUUGAGUCCAAGUUCAAGAUUGAGAUGAUUAAUGAAAAGGACAAGGCCACUAGAGGUGUGUAUCUUCUGAAAGACCUUGCAUUAGUCUCUGGGUGUGUUAGAAAGCUACUGAAAGGGAUAAGGAAAGAUUUCAAAAGAUCUAGACCUGAUGGGGCUUUAGACUCUUCUACUAACAUAAGAAAAAAAGAGGUCACUACACCGGGCAUAUUGAAGUUUGUUCAGAUAGAAGGUAAAAAGAAGUCUUCUAGAAACACACUUGGCCAAUUUUCUCCAAUAUCCUUUGGGGAUGAGGUUAUAAUUAGCACGCUUGCAAGUCCUAUCAAUUCCACAGUGCGGAUAAGAAAGGAUUUGCAGAACCCAAAGAGAUUGUCUUUUAUCAAGUUUUCGGAUCAACUGAAACCUCCUUUUUAUGGAUUUAGGGAAGAGAAGCUUCACGUAAGAAAUAGUCUUUUAAAGCUUCCGCAAGUUCUAGAUUACGAGCACGAUUCUGAUUGGGAGGAUGCAGAGGAUGCAGAAACCAUUGGGACUACGGAGGAGGAAUCUGAAGAAGAAGAGGGUAGCUAUGAAUGGAUAGAGUUGGAUUCUGAAAGAAGAGAGAUGUCAAGGCUAACUAAGAAGCCAUCUCUUUCAUUCCCUUCUUUUAAAUUGAAUAUCUCGUCGUUAUUCUCACCCUCCUGGGCCUCACUUCCAUUGGUGGACCGUGAAGUAUUUCCAGAAGAGCUUUCUCAGGAGCUUAUUAAGGAAUUACCUUUCCAGAAGGAUCUUGAAGAGUUUAUAAGGAAAUUCGGAAAUAGAUACGUUAUCAAGCAAUCAGCAAUAAAUGACAAGGUCAAAACUCUUGAGCUAGGAGACGUAAUAAAGAAAAUGGUUUAG